AUAUUUCUCUUCUUUUUGAAACAAUAUUCAUCGAUCAUGAUAAGCUUUAAGAUAAAGAAACAAGUUGUAUUGAUAUACUUAUGGUUGUGGUGGAUUACUUCUACUAACAUUUGUGUCAUGCAGUUCUUUUAUUUUCUCUGUUUGCUGCACUUAAGGUGUUUUUCCUUUCCAUUCCAAUCGUAAUAUAGUACGGCCGCAACUGUUCUUUUUGUUCAAAGUGUUCGUCGAUUUACAGACUAAUUAGCAUCACCCUGGAGUGGUAAACAUCAAGGCAGCAAGUGGAGAAGAGAAGCAUUUGAGUCACUAUUUUAAUAUUUAGUAACAUUUUUGCUAACAAAAUUAGCUAAAACUGUAUUUAAAAUUGUUUACUAGAGAAUGGCUAUGAUUGAGCUACUAAACGGUAACAUUUUUUUUUUGCAUGUUAGUAAUACUACUCUUAUGGUUACUUAAACCAUUUAGUAACAUGGACUUUACCCAGCAUUUAUCAAAUGCUAUUAGAUCAAAUUAAGUAACAUUUGUUUUUGAUUUAGUAAUCUUUUUCAAAUGUUACUAGAUCUAAUAUAUGUUGUACUUUAACUUGGAGUGAGAUUUAAUAUAUUAAGAUAUGAAAAAAGUUUAUACACCCGUUUAAUUUGAUUGCUAAAAGAAAUGCUCACUAAGACAUCAGAAGGAUGGUUUCAGUUUCAAAUCUUACAAUGCAUUUAUAUUUUUUAAUAGUAAAUAUAGUUAUAAAAGGUUGAAUUAUUUUGUGGGUAACUAUACUUUUUGCAAUUAGGCCUUUGCUUCAAUUGAACCGCAAGAGUGCAAAUUUCUUUAGCUACUGAAUCUUUAAAUUAAAUUUUGAAUAUACUUUUAUCUAGAAAAGAAUGCAUAUUCUCUCAUUUUUGCAACACUUUUGAAUAAUAAAGAUAAGAGGGACAACAAGGUUAAUAUACUAACCAAGCCUCUACCUGGGAAGAGCAAGAGAAACUAAGGACGUCACUUUCCCUCGUUCUUUUCUUCUUUAAUAAAAAAGCACCGUAAGGGCUUAACACUUAUCUGGCAUGCAACAUUGUGGAAGAUUUGGGAAGCGCGGAAUGAAGUUAUUUUCUCCUCAAAGAUUGCAGGGAUGGAUGAAAUUGUAGAAGGGAUCAAAGUAACAUCUUAGAAAUGUUUAAUGCAAAAAAAAAAAAAAAAAACGCGGGGGAGGGGGGAAACAUGUUUGUAUAAUGAAUGAUACUCAAACCCUUUUAUUUGUUUAAAUACUUAAAUUAGAGGUUGGUUUUUUUACUGGGCAAGCACCUCUUAUAUUGUUCCUGAGUUAUGGGUUAAUUAAGUACUCUUUCUACUUCUCUCCUUUCUAAUAAAUUUUGUUGUUAAAAAAAAAAAAAAAACUAAAAUAAACUUUAGUCAGGUCCCUUGUGAACAGGGACGUUAUUAUCUAUACAUUACUUAUCCUUCAAUUAUUAUUGUAUUAAAGUAAACUUAUUUUAAAAAAAGUAGUAGAGAAACAUUUAGUAGUGGAAAAAUAAAGAUAAAGUUGAUUUGACAUUAACUUUGUGAACUACAAGAAACUCUGAUAAGUGUCUAAAAUCAGUUGUAUCAAAUUUCCAACCCAAAGUUGGGCAGUGCAGAUUGCAAGAAACAAGUUGGUGAGUAUUUCUCUUCUUUUUGAAACAAUAUUCAUCAAUGAUGAUAAGCUUUGAAAUAAAGAAACAAGUUGUAUUGAUAUACCUAUGGUUGUGGUGGAACACUACUGCUAAUAUUUGUGUUGAAGCAACAAGUGAUAGUUUGAAGCCAGGUGAUAAAUUUGAUGCAAAUUCCACGCUAUAUUCAAAACAAGGCAAGUUUGCUCUAUUUUUCGAUCAAACAUUAGCUAGCGAAGAUGCUCACUUGGUUAUAAGUGUUAAUGCAGAUUAUGGCAUUCAGGUGUGGAUGUAUGAUAGAAAUCAUUCCAUUGACUUAGAUUCAGCAGUUCUAUCACUAGACUACUCUGGUGUGCUCAAAAUAGAAUCACAAAAUAGGAAACCAAUAAUCAUUUACUCUUCACCUCAACCAAUAAACAACACUUUGGCCACUAUAUUAGACACAGGUAACUUUGUGCUUCAACAAUUUCAUCCCAAUGGGUCAAAGACUGUUUUGUGGCAGAGUUUUGAUUAUCCAUCAGACGUUUUGAUCCCAACGAUGAAGUUAGGCGUUAAUCGAAAAACAGGAUAUAAUUGGUCAUUGGUGUCCUGGUUGACUCCUUCGCGGACAACUUCAGGUGAAUUUAGUCUUGAGUGGGAACCAAAACAAGGUGAACUGAACAUCAAGAAAAGCGGCAAAGUGUAUUGGAAAAGCGGAAAACUUAAAAGCAAUGGAUUAUUCGAGAAUAUUCCGGCCAAUGUUCAAAAUAUGUAUCGGUACAUCAUUGUCUCUAACAAGGAUGAAGAUUCCUUUAGUUUUGAAAUUAAAGAUCGGAAUUAUAAGAAUAUUUCAGGGUGGACACUAGACUGGGCGGGGAUGCUAACGAGUGAUGAAGGGACUUAUAUUGGAAAUGCAGAUAUAUGUUAUGGAUAUAAUAGUGAUCGAGGGUGCCAAAAAUGGGAGGAUAUACCAGCUUGCAGGGAACCUGGUGAGGUGUUUCAAAGAAAGACUGGAAGACCAAACAUAGACAAUGCAUCAACCAUUGAACAGGAUGUGACUUAUGUUUACAGUGAUUGCAAGAUAAGAUGUUGGAGAAAUUGUAAUUGCAAUGGAUUCCAAGAAUUUUAUCGCAAUGGGACUGGAUGUAUAUUCUAUUCAUGGAAUUCGACACAAGAUCUUGAUUUGGUGAGUCAGGAUAACUUUUACGCCUUGGUAAACUCUACAAAAUCAACCCGAAAUUCCCAUGCAAAUGCAGGUAAAAAAAAGUGGAUAUGGAUAGGUGUUGCAAUCGGAACUGCUUUACUCAUAUUAUGCCCACUCAUUAUAUGGCUAGCCAAAAAGAAACAAAAAUAUUCACUUCAAGAUAGGAAAAGUAAAAGACAUAAGGGUCAGAGCAAAGGUUUGGCGGAUUCUAAUGAAUCUUAUGAUAUCAAAGAUCUUGAAGAUGACUUCAAGGGACAUGAUAUAAAAGUUUUUAACUUUACAUCAAUCUUGGAAGCAACUAUGGAAUUUUCCCCUGAAAACAAGUUAGGACAGGGAGGUUAUGGACCCGUUUAUAAGGGAAUCUUGGCAACAGGGCAAGAAAUUGCUGUAAAAAGGCUUUCGAAAACAUCUGGACAAGGAAUUGUGGAAUUCAAAAAUGAAUUGGUUAUUGAACUUCAGCACACAAAUCUUGUCCAACUACUUGGUUGUUGCAUUCAUGAAGAAGAAAGGAUUCUAAUUUAUGAAUAUAUGCCAAACAAAAGCUUGGAUUUCUACCUAUUUGAUUGUACAAAAAAGAAAUUUCUAGAUUGGAAGAAGCGUUUCAACAUAAUAGAAGGAAUUUCUCAAGGAUUAUUCUAUCUUCAUAAGUACUCAAGACUCAAAAUCAUUCACAGAGACUUGAAAGCUAGCAACAUACUUCUUGAUGAGAAUAUGAACCCAAAAAUUGCUGAUUUUGGUAUGGCAAGGAUGUUUACACAACUGGAAUCCACAGUAAAUACCAACCGGAUUGUUGGGACUUAUGGAUACAUGUCUCCAGAAUAUGCCAUGGAAGGAGUUUGUUCUCCAAAGUCUGAUGUCUAUAGCUUUGGAGUGUUGCUGCUUGAAAUUGUUUGUGGAAGAAAAAAUAAUAGCUUUUAUGAUGCUGAUCGCCCACUAAAUCUAAUCGGACAUGCAUGGGAGAUAUGGAAUGAUGGUGAGUAUCUACGGUUACUGGAUCCAUCUUUAAGUGACACAUUUGUUCCUGAUGAAGUACAAAGGUGUAUUCACGUUGGUCUCUUGUGUGUAGAACAAUAUGCAAAUGAUCGACCUACAAUGUCGGAUGUGAUAUCAAUGUUAGCAAACAAAUAUGAACUCACAACCUUACCAAGAAGACCAGCAUUUUAUAUUAGACGAGAGAUCUUUGAAGGGGAAACAACUUCCAAAGGGGAAGACGCCAUCACCUAUUCUACGACAACAAUUUCUACCUCAUGUGAAGUAGAAGGGAAAAUAAGAUUGGCUAAGAUUGAGCUACUAACCGGUAACAUUUUCUUCAAUGUUACUAAUACUACUCUCAAAGUAUUUCUCUUCUUUUUGAAACAAUAUUCAUCAAUGAUGAUAAGUUUUGAAAUAAAGAAACAAGUUGUAUUGAUAUACCUAUGGUUGUGGUGGAACACGACUAGCAUUUGUGUUAAAGCAAUAAAUGAUAGUUUGAAGCCAGGUGAUAAAUUGGAUGCAAAUUCCAACCUAUGUUCUAAACAAGGUAAGUAUUGUGUUCAAUUCUCCCCUACUUUACAAAACGAAGAUGCUCACUUGAUUGUAAGUGUCAAUGAGGAUUAUGGCGCAGUAGUAUGGAUGUAUGAUAGAAAUCAUUCCAUUGACUUAGAUUCAGCAGUUCUAUCGCUAGACUACUCCGGUGUGCUCAAAAUAGAAUCACAAAGUAGGAAACCAAUUAUCAUUUAUUCUUCACCUCAACCCAUAAACAACACUUUGGCUACUAUAUUAGACACAGGUAACUUUGUGCUUCGACAAUUUCACCCCAAUGGGUCAAAGACUGUGUUGUGGCAGAGUUUUGAUUACCCAUCAGACGUUUUGAUCCCAACGAUGAAGUUAGGAGUUAAUCGAAAAACAGCACAUAAUUGGUCAUUGGUGUCAUGGUUAACUCCUUCGCGGCCAAAUUCAGGUAAAUUUAGUCUUGAGUGGGAACCAAAACAAGGUGAACUGAACAUCAAGAAAAGAGGCAAAGUGUAUUGGAAAAGCGGAAAACUUAAAAGCGAUGGAUUAUUCGAGAAUAUUCCGGCCAAUGUUCAAACUAUGUAUCAAUACACUAUUGUCUCUAACAAGGAUGAAGAUUCUUUCACUUUCAAAAUCAAAGAUCGGAAUUAUAAGACGUUAUCUUCGUGGUAUCUGCAAUCAACAGGGAAAUUAAGUGGUACUGAAGGAGAUAUUGGAAAUGCAGAUAUGUGUUAUGGAUAUAAUAGGGACGGAGGGUGCCAAAAGUGGGAGGAUAUACCAACUUGUAGGGAACCUGGUGAGGUGUUUCAGAGGAAGACGGGAAGACCAAACAUCAUCAAUGCAUCAACUACUGAAGGUGAUGUGAAUUAUGGUUACAGUGAUUGCAAGAUGAGAUGUUGGAGAAAUUGUAAUUGCUAUGGAUUCGAAGAACUAUACAGUAAUUUUACUGGAUGUAUAUACUAUUCAUGGAAUUCGACACAAGACGUGGAUUUGGAUGAUCAAAAUAAUUUUUACGCCUUGGUAAAGCCAUCAAAACCAGCCCAAAAAUCCCAUGUCGAUGCAGGUAAAAAGUGGAUAUGGAUAGGUGCUGCAAUCGCAUCUGCUAUACUCAUAUUAUGUCCACUCGUUUUAUGCCUAGUAAAAAAGAUUCAAAAAUAUGCUCUACAAGUAGAUAAGAAAAGUAAAAGAAAGGCGGGUAAGAGCAAUGAUUUGGCGGACUCCAUUGAAUCCUAUGAUGUUAAAGAUCUUGAAGCUGACUUCAAGGGACAUGAUAUAAAAGUUUUUAACUUUACAUCAAUUUUGGAAGCAACUAUGGACUUUUCCCCUGAAAACAAGUUAGGACAGGGAGGCUAUGGACCAGUUUAUAAGGGAAUCUUGGCAACAGGGCAAGAAGUUGCCAUAAAAAGACUUUCAAAAACAUCUGGACAAGGAAUUAUGGAAUUCAAAAAUGAAUUGGUACUUAUAUGUGAACUUCAGCACAUAAAUCUUGUACAACUACUUGGUUGUUGCAUUCAUGAAGAAGAAAGGAUUCUAAUCUAUAAAUAUAUGCCAAACAAAAGCUUGGAUUUCUAUCUAUUUGAUUGUACAAAAAAGAAGUUGCUAGAUUGGAAAAAGCGUUUCAACGUAAUAGAAGGAAUUUCUCAAGGAUUACUCUAUCUUCACAAGUACUCUAGACUCAAAAUCAUUCAUCGAGACUUGAAAGCUAGCAACAUACUUCUUGAUGAGAAUAUGAACCCAAAAAUUGCUGAUUUUGGUAUGGCAAGAAUGUUUACACAGCAGGAGUCUGUAGUAAAUACCAAUAGAAUUGUUGGGACAUAUGGAUACAUGUCUCCAGAAUAUGCCAUGGAAGGAGUUUGUUCUACAAAAUCUGAUGUCUAUAGCUUUGGAGUGUUGCUGCUUGAAAUUGUUUGUGGAAGGAAAAACAAUAGCUUUUAUGAUGUUGAUCGCCCCUUAAAUCUAAUCGGACAUGCAUGGGAGCUAUGGAAUGAUGGUGAGUAUCUAAAGCUAAUGGAUCCAACGUUAAAUGACACAUUUGUUCCGGAUGAAGUGAAAAGGUGCAUUCAUGUUGGUCUCUUAUGUGUAGAACAAUAUGCAAAUGAUCGACCUACAAUGUCUGAUGUUAUAUCAAUGUUAACAAACAAAUAUGAACUCACAACAAUACCUAGAAGACCAGCAUUUUAUGUUAGAAGAGACAUUCUUGAUAGAGAAACAACUUCUAAAGUGCCAGACACCGACACCUAUUCUACAACAAUUUCUACCUCGUGUGAAGUAGAAGGGAAAAUAUAAAUAAUCAAUAAAUAUAUAUGUAGAUUGUUCAUACACUCGUUUGAAACAGAUUUUGUUCUUUGAAGUAUCAAAAAAUGUAAGCUUGAAUAUGGUUUGGUUUUAUGAAAUAUUCAGUGUCUGUAAAAAAAAAUUCAAAAUGGUUCUUAAAGUACGUACUUUUUCAUUGUA